GUGGGUUCGGUGCAGGUAUACUAUAACAGAGGAUAUUGUUGCAGUGUGUUCAAGAUCAGACGGUUUUACCUGGAAAAACUUGGGGAAAAAUAAUCGUGUAAUGUUUGGGAAGUGGUACGCCACUGACAAUGAGUGACCAUUGAUUGUGAAACCAGUCUGCAUGGUAUGUGGUAAAAUAUUAGACUCGACAAAAAACUACAACACCUUCAUCAUAAAAAAGGCUCCUUGAGGACUGAUCGACUGACAGGUUCAUAAUCAAUGGUCACAACUGAUACACCAAUGGCAUAAUACUGAUGGAGCCAACGACAUCCAAAUCAAUGGAGACAGUCCCACAUAAUAUAUCUCAUCACAUCGACAAUUGAUGAUCGCGAAGUCGAUGACGACGUUGACUUCGAUGUUGACCAGAAACGAGGCCAGACGAUGCAUCUCUUAUCAUGUCGAUCCCUCUCAGUGCUACCAUUGCGCGUCUGAAGCUACCGAGGGACAAACCGUCACUGGUCUUGGUGUCUCCCAUGUUCGGGAAUCCCGGCAGGAAUCACCUGCAAACAAGAACUGUGCUUGCUAUCAUCAUCAUCAUCCCUUUGCUUGCAAAUGCUUCUUUUGUCGGAGCUGAGACAACAUCUACUACUCCACCCAUUCUUCCCCAAGAUGAGGCCGGUGACAUGUCAUCCCACACCCCAGAGGGUCUGCCUAAAGUCGCUUCUACUGCCUUCUUUCUCAUCUUUUUGUUCCUCUUCAGCAUCGGUAUCAGCUACUUCUUCAAAUACUAUGUGUUCAGUCGUGACCGCAAGGAAUGGUGCUGCGAGAAGCAGUCCCAGGUUGCGGUAUCGCCCGAAUCCAUGGGGCUCAAGGACAAUACAAGCAGACAGAACACCCCUGAAAAUGGCAAUGCUGGCAAGACAGGCCUCUACGCCAACAUCUUCGCGAGGUCUCACGAUUCGGACGAGGAGGAGAUACGUCAAUUGCAGCUCGAGGCCUUGAAAGCGGAAAUGGCUAGCGACAAUGAAAUCCGGGUAGGGAAAAAAGCGGCGAAGCCGACUAAAUCAUCCAUCCUUAAAGCAUUGGAGAUGGCAGAUCGUUGGCCAAGACUUUCAGUCCAACAAAUGACUUUGGAAGACAAAGCGGGCAAUGGGAGGGCAGUUAAAACUGCGGCUUCUAUUUGGAAGGAAAAAGCUUUGAAUAAAUCCGACGAAAAUAAGAACAAUAUUCCAGAAAUGACUGUCGUUGAUAUAGGCAACACGUCAAAUGGAAUACUUCAUCCUAGUAAUAGCAAUAAUGUCGGUCUCACGAGUGUCGUUGUACAUCGAAACCCGAGUCCUAUCCCUUCAUCUGACUUUUCAAUGAAUGAAGCAGGUGUAAGUCUACCUGCUGAUAGACAGGAGAAUGGGUCCAUUAUUGAGACCCCAAGAACAGAUAUCUCAAUUGGCCUCCUUUCUGUUAGACCAAAGUCAGGUCAAGGUGAUCUCGAUGGCUAUUCUGCAGAUUUCGAGUCAGUGAGCUUAUAUUCUGAAUUGUCAAAUAUUACUGAGCUUCAAAAGAGCAUGGACAGCAGAAGUGUUAGAGCAAAUACUGCUAAAAGGAAAAAUCCAACAUGUGACAACUUUGUAUCUCCAGCAAAUGACAGUAGAGCCGGUGAAAACGUUCUAAGCAAGGAAAUGGAUGAUGAACAUUCCAGAAAUCACACAAAAAAUGCAUCCAACAAUGCACAUAAAAGUAGUAGUCUGCAUGGAUCGUGCCAGGAUCUUGAAUUAAAACACUUUGAUACUAAGAGGCCAGAAUCUCAAACUGAGAAUGAUGCCGCCAGUGAAAUGCGGGCAAACAAAGUAAUACUGUGUGACAAUCCUCCAGCAUCAAUGCAAGUCAAAGAUAACAAUCAAUCAAACACCAAUCCCACUCUUGCCAUCACUACUGAACACACCUCGCAGGCACCUGGUUUGUCGAGUCCUGAAGGAGAAAAUGCAAUAAAGACCAGCAGUGAAGAUGAAAAGCCUGGAACUCCUGAAAGUGGAACGCCACUGCUCCUCACCGAUGAGGGCAGUGAUGACCAGAAGCACCGGACCUCUAAGGAAACCUCGGACCUUGGUGAAGGGUCUGAAGCGAGAAAAGGAAGCCGAACUCCAAGCAUUUACGCAAAGUAUGCCAACAAUGCCAAGCUUCCAAAUAAACAUGUGAUGGGCGGUGAAGACAAGGCCGAUGAACCUUCUACUAGUGCAAAACCCCACUCACCAGUGAAGCCGGCAAGAAAUGCAGAGCAGAAAGGACAUGGUAGUAGUCCGAACAAAGCGGCAACGAGCAAGAGUAGAACGAGUUCAGCAGCAUCCAAGCCUUCAGUUGGGACACCAAGAAACAAGACAGGUGCAAGAAAACCUAACCCACAGAAAAAGAAAAAUGUCACCAGAUGACGAAUGAGGAACAUAGAACAAAACUUACUUUAAAUGGCAUUGAUUGAUGUUUGAUGAUUUAAGAGAAUUAACAUCUCUCAGUGUUCCAACUUGCAUGGCGUCCAAAAAAAAGGAAGCUUUUGUGUGACUCAUGAAUGAACUUAUCGAUCUGCAAGAAGUUAUGGUGAAUAGUCCUCUGCUGUAAUUUAUUUGCAUUUCAAUAUACAUAUAUGACAACAGAGCAUUAAUACAAUCAGGUGUGGACCCAUGAGUCUGAAGGCCCCCCCCCCCAAAAAAAAAAAAGGAAGGAAAAAAGGAGGAAAGUAAGAACGAAAAGAAAAUACUGUAAGGGGGAAAGGAGAGUAAGAGGAGGGAAAGAAGGGAUUAGAAGGGGGAAAGAGAGCGAAAGACUGGGAAAAGAAGGGAAGGGAGAGGAAAAAGAAAAGGGAAGCAAAGUAAAAGAAGGGAAAGAGAGACUGGACAUCAAAGGGGGAAGAGAACGAAAGGGAAGCAAAAGAAGUGAAACGGAGAAGGAAAAGAAAGGGCAGAAAGAUGGGGAGGAUGAGCAAGGAGGGGAGGGGAGGGAGGGCAAGAGAGAGACAGGGCUGGGGGAGAUAAAAUUGAGUCAUGUAAAUAGACCUGCUAGAAGCUUUAUCAAAUGAAACAAUUGUGUUAUUUCAUGAAUUUAUAUUUAAUAAAAGACGAAGCAUGUUCCCUUAUUUAAGAUAUUCCACGAUACCAUUUGGUAAAAUGUUAUCGUUUUGUUUGAUCAAGAUUUUGAAUAAAUAAAUAUAACUUA